AUGGCAAACCCCUAUGGUGGAGGGUAUGAUCAAGGUCAUCAACUCGGUGAUAUCGGAGGUGGAAACGGAUAUCUCGGAAGCCGUCACUCAGAUGACGAGGCUGAACACUCGCUGUUGCACCAAAAUGCUUCACAUCAACCGCAGUAUGACAACCCUCCUCGUACUCGGCCCUUGACUCCGGGACAAGAGUCUGUCUAUACCCUUAAUGAAUCUUAUGUCGGUGGAGAUGCCUCCAGAGCUCCGAUGACCCAGUAUGGCGGAGCUCAGCAACAAAACACUCCUUACGACGGAGGUUAUGGGAUGAGCAACUCUCAGGCUGGUUUCCCCACAGGCCCUCCACAAGAACCCUUUGAUCGGUCAGAUUCCACCGAAGCAUGGAGACAACGACAGGCACCAGGAUAUGGCACCAUCAAGAGAUAUGCUACCAGAAAAGUCAAGUUGGUCCAAGGCAGCGUGCUCAGCAUUGAUUACCCCGUCCCCAGCGCCAUUCAGAAUGCUGUGCAAGCCAAGUACCGCAAUGAUCUCGAAGGCGGCAGUGAGGAGUUUACUCACAUGCGAUACACUGCUGCUACGUGCGAUCCUGACGACUUCACUCUCAAAAAUGGCUACAAUCUGCGGCCUGCAAUGUACAACAGACAUACCGAAUUGCUGAUUGCAAUCACGUACUACAACGAAGACAAGGUUCUGACCGCACGUACAAUGCACGGUGUCAUGCAGAAUAUUCGAGACAUUGUCAACCUCAAAAAGUCCGAGUUCUGGAACAAGGGAGGUCCCGCCUGGCAGAAAAUUGUCGUCUGUCUUGUCUUUGACGGUAUUGAUCCUUGUGACAAGAACACUCUGGAUCUGUUGGCCACCGUCGGUAUCUACCAAGACGGUGUCAUGAAGAAAGAUGUAGAUGGCAAAGAUACCGUGGUGCACAUCUUCGAAUAUACCACACAAUUGUCAGUCACCGCUAACCAGCAAUUGAUCCGGCCCAAUGAUAAUGAUGCAACUUCUCUACCUCCCGUACAGAUGAUCUUCUGUCUCAAGCAAAAGAAUAGCAAAAAGAUCAACUCUCAUCGAUGGCUGUUCAACGCCUUCGGCCGCAUUCUCAAUCCUGAAGUGUGCAUUCUGCUCGAUGCGGGCACAAAACCUGGACCCAAGUCCUUACUUGCCCUCUGGGAGGCCUUUUACAACGACAAAGAUCUGGGUGGCGCCUGUGGUGAAAUCCAUGCCAUGUUGGGUAGCGGUGGCCCCUUCGGUCGCAAAUUACUUAACCCACUGGUCGCUGCGCAAAAUUUCGAGUACAAGAUCAGUAAUAUUCUGGACAAACCCCUUGAAAGCUCCUUUGGUUAUGUCAGUGUGUUGCCUGGUGCCUUUUCUGCCUACCGCUUCAGGGCAAUCAUGGGUCGCCCACUUGAACAAUAUUUCCACGGUGACCACACCCUCUCGGCAAGACUGGGAAAGAAGGGUAUCGAGGGCAUGAACAUUUUCAAGAAGAACAUGUUUUUGGCCGAAGAUCGUAUCUUGUGCUUCGAAUUGGUUGCAAAAGCAGGCUCCAAAUGGCAUCUCAGUUACGUCAAAGCCUCCCGAGGUGAAACCGAUGUUCCUGAAGGCGCAGCCGAAUUCAUCGGUCAACGUCGACGGUGGCUGAACGGUUCAUUUGCGGCCUCCAUCUACUCUCUCAUGCACUUCUCGCGGAUGUACAAGUCUGGCCACAACAUCAUCCGCAUGUUCUUUUUCCACAUCCAAAUGCUCUACAACAUUGUUUCGGUCAUCUUAUCAUGGUUCUCUCUCGCUGCUUUCUGGCUUACCACCAAAAUCUUGAUGGACUUGGUCGGAAUCCCUUCGGAGAAGAAUGGCAACACAUCUUGGCCUUUUGGCGAAGAUGCCACGCCAAUCGUAAACACCAUCCUCCAGUACCUGUACCUCGGGUUCCUCCUGCUGCAAUUUAUCCUGGCCCUCGGCAAUCGACCAAAGGGUUCGAAGAUUGCCUAUAUGAUCUCAUUUGUGGUAUUUGGUGUGAUCCAGCUCUAUGUCAUAGUGCUGUCGAUGUAUCUCGUUGUACAGGCGUUUACUGGCGGCAAGACCGAUGUCAUAACAGACCAAGGCACCAGCAAGUUCAUCAGCAGUUUCUUCGGUUCGAGCGGACCAGGUAUCGUCAUUAUCGCAUUGGCUGCCACAUUUGGGCUCUACUUUAUCGCGUCAUUCAUGUACCUUGACCCGUGGCACAUGUUCACGUCUUUCUUUCAGUAUCUUUUGAUCAUGCCAUCCUUCAUCAAUAUUCUCAUGAUCUACGCCUUCAGCAAUUGGCAUGAUGUGUCGUGGGGUACCAAGGGUUCGGAUAAGGCUGAAGCGUUACCAUCAGCAAAGACGAACAAAGACGAAAAGGGCAAAGUUGCUGUGGUUGAAGAGGUCGACAAACCCCAAGCCGACAUUGACAGCCAAUUUGAAGCUACUGUCCGCCGAGCGCUGGCGCCGUUCGUGCCACCAGUGGAAAAGGACGAAAAGAACCUGGAAGACUCGUACAAGAACUUCCGAACUCGCCUAGUCGCAACAUGGAUCUUUUCCAAUGGUCUCCUCGCAAUUGGAAUCACGAGCAAAAAUCUCACCGAGUUUGGUUUUAGCGUAAGUCAUUGCCUGGACCGUUUGACCACCGUCUACUAA